CAUCUCAUCUUCCAUGGCCAAGCCAACGGUCUAGCUCCACACUGGCACCAAUCCAUAUUCCACUCUCUCUCUGCAGCUUCCGGCACCGGCACCGGCGCCGGGAUGAUGGCUUCGCCGUCGCCGUCGACCCCCCUCUCCCCCUCACCUGCUCCUGCUCCUCCUCCUCCAGUUCCCGUCCCUCUUCGCUCCGAACGAAAUUCGAAAUGCCCGCCAAAUCCCGGCGGUCUCCUCCUCCCCCGCCGGUCCGGUCUCGGGCCGGAGCUCUCGAGCCUCCGUCGAGCGCCGCCGCGGACGCCGCUCCUUCAGCCGGAGACGCGCUUCGCGUCUCGAGGAGGAGGAGGAAGCUCCUGUCGGUAGCCGCGUUGCCGUUUCUCCUGCAGUUGCGCGAUUGCGCGGAGGGAAUCGUCGCCAGCGCCGCCGAGUUAGAUAUCGGCGAAUACACGAUGAUAAAGGAAGAGGUCAGAAAGGUAGUUUCCAAGGCGAAGGCUGCUGGUGUGCUUCGUUUGGUAUUUCAUGAUGCUGGAACCUUUGAAAUGGGUGAAAACUCAGGUGGUAUGAAUGGUUCCAUAGUUUAUGAACUUGAAAGGCCCGAAAAUGCUGGGCUAAAAAAGCCUAUGAAGAUCCUAGAGAAAGCAAAGGGCGAGGUGGAUGCAAAGAGACCAGUGUCCUGGGCGGACAUGAUAGCUAUGGCUGGAGCUGAAGCAGUUUCUGUUUGUGGAGGUCCAACUAUUCCAGUUGUUCUGGGCAGACUUGACUCGAUGAAGCCUGAUCCUGAAGGAAGACUUCCCGAAGAAACUCUUGAUGCUUUUGGUUUAAAGCAGUGUUUUCAGAGAAAGGGCUUAUCGACACAAGAACUUGUUGCGUUGUCUGGAGCCCAUACCCUCGGCAGUAAAGGUUUUGGCAGUCCGAUUGUUUUUGACAAUUCAUACUACAAGGUUCUUCUAGAGAAACCCUGGAUGUCUUCAGCUGGUAUGUCAAGUAUGGUAGGACUUCCUUCUGAUCGUGCACUUGUUGAGGAUGAUGAAUGCUUAAGAUGGAUUGAGAAAUAUGCAAAUGAUCAGAACUCGUUCUUCAAAGAUUUCAAGAAUGCUUAUGUCAAGUUAGUAAAUUCUGGUGCAAGGUGGAGAAGCUUGUGAAGCUUUCCAUCUCAUGGUGGCAAAUUACGCUGUUUUUGCAUCGGGUGCUGUUGGAGCCCAAUCCUACAAGGGCUAAGGGCACAUGCGGAGUCGGUUUUUGUACCUCCCAAAGUCGCAUCAGAGGAUGAAAGUCCUGUUGUUUGGAAAGCACAGAAGAUCUUGUAACCAACAAAUUUCUCCCACCGAAGGCUGUUUAAAUGAACAAUGGGCCAAGCAUGCAUGUUUAACUGGAAAACUGUGCUACCGUUUCAUUGACAUGGUACGUCAGGAGUCUUAUUUUACAGUUUAACAUUUGUAGUUAUGUUGAGCUCGAUUUUUGUUGGCCACACUACUCGACACAGAUUUGCUCAUAGUAUGCAGAGAUGAACAGUGAUAAAGAAAUGAUCAGUAAAUGUAGACACGAUUGCAUGUUUCUCUUCA